CAAGUUCCCUUACACUAUCUCUCAACAAAGCAACCGUAAUACUCGUUCUUCCACCAACAGAAGGAAAUAUUGACAAUAGUUCCAUGGCCUUGUUUUUAGUUUCUUUUUUUUCACAUUACUACAACUGUGGAUCAGACUGAUCGAAUACUGACAUACUUCACGCAAAGACACGACAAACAACCGGAGAUGGUUAGGAGGGAGGUGGUGGUGGCAGUGCUCACGACAGCCGCAGCCAUAGUGGCAGCGACGACCGUCUUGUGGCGGUUGCAGGGGAGGAGGCAGCGGCAGCGAGAGAGGGCUCAGCGGAUUCUACGCAAGUUUGCAAGGGAGAGCGCCACCCCGGUGCCUCUGCUAUGGCGGGUGGCUGAUGCCUUGGCCUCCAACAUGGACGCGUCUCUGAGCACUUCAACCGAUCAGAAGAGCAGCAAUAGCACCCUCAACAUGCUUGUGGCCUCCGUCGAUUCUCUACCCACAGGGGAAGAAGAAGGGAUAUACUAUGGGGUGAAUUUGAAAUCGAAGGACUUUCUCUUACUCUCUGCCCGACUCGGAGGCAAGAAGACUCCCAUUUCCGACUUACACCGGCAGGAAAUUUCAUUUCCUUCGCAUGUCCUAAGUUCCACCACCUCUCAGGAGGUAUUCGAUUUUGUCGCAUCAAAAGUUGCAGAGUUCGUGGCGGGGUAUCCGGGGGAUAAAACUGAAAAUUCGAAAGUUGGGAAGGGGCUUGGUUUCACGAUUUCGUAUCCUGUGGGCCAUGCUGCAACGGAAGAUAAUUCUGCUUCAGGUCGUAAUACUGCCAUCAAGUGGAAGAGCUUCCUCGUUGACGACCCGGUUCAAGAUCAGAAACAGUUGCUAGGGGAGAUCAACUCUGCUCUGAAGAAGCACGGUGUGGACAUGCAAACCUUUGCCUUGGUUAUCGACCCGGCUGGAGAUCUAGCAGGUGGCCGCUACUACAGCCAGGACUGCGUGGCUGCGGUUACUCUGGGGACAGGAACGAGCGCAGCCUAUACUGAACUGGCCGAAUCAGUUCCACGGCCACGUUGGCUUGGAGUUUGGCCUAAGUCGGGCGAGAUUCUUGUUACAAUGGGUUGGGGGAACUUCAGUUGCUCUGACCUCCCAAUCACCGAGUUCGACUCGUGUUUAGACGCAGAGAGCUCAAAUCCUGGCAGCCAGAUAUUUGAGAAGCUUAUUUCGGGAACGUAUCUGGGAGAAACUGUGAGGAGAGUACUGCUGAAGAUGGCUCAGGAAACAUUAAUCUUUGGGAAGAAAGUGUCCGAUGAACUUAAGACGCCUUACGUAUUAAGCUCCUCGGACAUGGCAGCUAUGCAUCAGGACACAUCCGAGGAUCGGGAGGUAGUGGCCGAGAAGCUAGUUAAUAUUUUCAAAAUCACUGACACAACUUCAACGGCGAGAGAAAUCGUGGCCGAGGUCUGUGACAUAGUCGCUGAGCGCGGAGCAAGGCUUGCUGCAGCAGGGAUUGUCGGGAUUAUAAAGAAGCUCAAAAGGAUCAAUGAUCGCAAAAGCAUCGUCACCAUCGAGGGCGAGCUCUAUGAGCACUACAGGGUAUUCAGGAAUUACCUGCACAGCAGCAUGUGGGAGAUGCUAGGGAAGGAGCUCUCAGACAACAUUGUGAUCGAGCAUUCUCACGGAGGGUCGGGAUCCGGGGCCAUCUUUCUUGCUGCAACUCAACAGGCUGCUCAGAGUACAGUCGAUAACGAAUGAGAUUUAUAUUUCUCUUUUUUGGUAGUUUUUCAGAGGAAAACCAUGGCAAAGAUAUGAGGUUCUUUUCUCUUCUUCAAGUACUAGCCGUUGGAGAUGACAGACAUGGUCUUAUGGCAUGGCAAAUCUGCCUUCAAUUUUCUCGUUCUCAUGGUCUAAUUAAUACGGUUUCAAAGA